GAUUCAAAAAUCAGUAGAGUAGCAGCUACUCUACCUUUUCUUUUUAUUAUUAUUUAAAAAAAUUCAAAUGUAUAAAUACAUUGAUGAAAAUCCAUGAAAAUUUAAACGAAAAGGGAAAGGGUGAGAUCGAAUUUCAAAGCAAAAGGCAGAAAAAGAAAGUUCCAGAUCAAGAGAUUUUCAAGUGUUUGGACAGUUUUGAGAGUGGGAGGGAAAAAAAUGGAGAGGAGCACUCCAGUUAGGAAGCCACAUACUUCUACAGCAGAUCUGCUCACUUGGUCUGAGACUCCUCUGCCGGACCCCGCCACCUCCGCCGCUCGCUCCGUCCGACCUCACCAGCCGUCGGAUGGGAUCAGAAAAGUGGUGUUUGGAGGCCAAGUAACUGAUGAAGAAUUUGAAAGCUUAAACAAACGGAAACCUCCUUCUGGAUAUAAAAUGAAGGAGAUGACUGGUAGUGGUAUUUUUGCAGCCAAUGUAGAAAAUGAUGAGUCCGAACCAGGCAGUGCCAAUCCUGCUUCAAACAACAAGACGGGAUUACGAAUGUACCAGCAAGCACUAGCUGGAAUUAGUCACAUUUCUUUUGCUGAGGAAGAGACUAUUUCUCCUAAGAAGCCAACUACUCUUCCUGAGGUGGCAAAGCAGCGUGAGUUAAGUGGAACGCUAGAAAGCGAAGAUUCAAAGUUGCAGAAGCAGCUCUCAGAUGCAAAGUGCAAGGAGCUUAGCGGACACAACAUCUUUGCACCCCCACCUGAAAUUUUGCCGAGACCAACAACCGUACGUGCGUUGGCAUUGAAGGACAGUUUCGACUUGGGAGAAUCUCAUACACAUAAUUCGAGCGAUGAGGCCAGGGUUAAGACAGCAAAGAAAAUUCCUAAUCAGAAAUUGGCUGAGCUUUCGGGUAAUGACAUAUUUAAGGGUGACGUUCCGCCAGGUUCUGCCGAGAAGCCACUUAGUAUGGCGAAAAUGCGGGAGAUAAGCGGCAGCAACAUCUUUGCUGAUGGAAAGGUUGAGUCUCGAGACUACUUUGGUGGUGUUCGCAAGCCCCCAGGUGGUGAAAGCAGCAUUGCUUUGGUUUAACUUAGGUCUAACCCUGUCAGUUUGCAGUUGUUUCCGGGUGUUUUUCGGUUAUGUCUUCAAUGGGGUGUGAUUAUAUCAUUUGACCUUUUUUUUCAAUGGGUUUUGGUAUUUAUGUUUUAGGUUAUAACAUGUCAAAUUGAGCUAUGGACCGUUGCUAAUUGCAUUGUUUGUCUAUAGUCUUUGUGUUUUUCAGUCCCAAUUUAGUAAAGGUCUUGGGCUGUUGCAGAUUUAAUUUUAUUGCUCUUUUUGGUA